ACAGCUUAAUAAGAUGCAAUGAGCAUAAGACAUAUUCGUGAGAUAUUAAUGUUAGUAUAGAAACUAAUUUUGUUUUUAAUUGCAAAUAUUUUCAGGGGGCGGGUGCCCCACUGUUAUAUGGUAGGCAAAUUAUUGAUCAGGUCCACUUAUGAAACUUAAUUUUGAAGAUUUGUGCACAGAUCUAAGAUAGGUGACAGGUUUCAUGCAAAUGUUAUGUACAAUUGAUUCAAAUCUUCUAUUUGAGAAGGGAGAACAUUUGGCUCAACGCCACCAACACUAAUGGAAGGCUAAGCACUCUGCCACAACAGUUGGUUAACCUAGCUAACGUGUUAGCUACCCUAAGUAUUGGUUUGUUUGUGUUAACUGAUAUAAGGUAACCCAAGCCUUAAGGUUGUAGUGGUAUAUGUAGGCCUACAAUAAGCUUCAAGCUGUGGUAUCUUUGACUAACUUUAUUAUCCUAGUUCAACAUUAGCAUCACACUAUGACUAUGACUGUGCAGUUCAUACAACAAGUGCCGAUUCCGACUGCCGACGGUACACGCCCCCCUGCUCAUGUCACAUACAAUCAAUCCGCAUGUCCAUAAAAUAGUACCAUUACAUUACAAUGGUUAGCUAAUACAAACCAACCAAAACGGCUCCAAUACGGCUAUAUUAAAGCGUGCUUACAACGUAGUAACGCUUUAGUACUUUUAAAGUUACGUUACAAACUACCCAAACCUAACUAGCCAAGCCAAUGUGUAACGUGUUUCAUUGUUGACAAUAUACACAUCAUAUUUCAGUAUCUGUAAUUUAAUUAGUAUGUUGUAUGGAUACAUCAAUUUUUUUAUAAUUAGCCUCAGCCUUUUUAUUUUAUUUGUACUUUGUUAAAACUCCUGAACAAUGUGUAUCAACUGGCUGUGUUGUGUCCUAUUCGGAGUAAUUUAUAUAAUGUGCGUGAUUAAAUGGAUCUACAGCAGAAGAAAUCCUCACCACGAACGCUUCACUUAAGCAUCACGCUUCCACAACAGCAUUUCUCUGCGUCAUGCCGACGCUAUUAGUGACGAACUGCUCCACUACACUCCUCCUUUCUUACCUUUCCUCCCCACUCUUCUGCAACUCUCCCAUCAGGACCACGGGGAUGUGAUGCACGGAUUCACUCUUUGUAUUCUGGGAGUGAUUGGGAAGAGCUAACGCGAGAGACUCAAACCCAAAGGGGGUGGGUUAGUUAUUAUACUCUAAAGUCUUUUGAUUGCUUAUAUAUAUUUAUAUAUCAAGCAUCAAAUACAACUAAGCAGCACCGUCCUGUGUUGUGUUUUCCAUAUGUCGCGCAAGCAGGUCGACCAUGACUACAAUCUCCGUAGUAUGAGCAACCUGAUGGGCGAGCGCAGGAAGAAAGUGAGCGACGGAGGGGAGCGGAGUCUCAUCAGGGCUCCGUCCAGCGCCAGCAUCACCAGCCAGGGUGCCUCCGCCGGGGCUUCCACCGCCGGUGCGCCGGCAGCACCCCCAUCCUCCACCGGGGAACUGGAGAGGGCUGCGCGCAAGCAGUUCCAGCAGGAUGUCACUCCGGGCUUCGUCUACGUCCUGGCCGCGUUCUCCGCUCUCGGGGGGUUCUUGUUCGGCUACGACACGGGGGUGAUUUCCGGAGCGAUGCUCCUGCUGAAGAGGGAGCUGGACCUGAGCGCCCUGUGGCAGGAGGUGCUCAUUUCAAGUACUGUGGCCGCGGCCGCCCUGUCCGCCCUACUGGGCGGCUUCCUCAACGGGCUCUUUGGGCGCAGAGUGUGCAUACUGCUGGCCAGCUUCUUCUUCGCAGUCGGGGGGAUCGUGCUGAGCACCGCCCCUGGCAAGGAGGUGCUCCUGACGGGGAGGCUCAUCGUUGGUGUGGGGCUUGGUAUUGCAUCUAUGACUGUGCCUGUGUACAUUGCUGAGGCAUCUCCGCCCCACCUAAGAGGUCAGCUUGUGACGGUUAACACCCUCUUCAUCACCGGUGGACAAUUCACUGCCAGCCUCAUCGACGGUGCCUUCAGCUACCUGCAACACGAUGGCUGGAGGUACAUGUUGGGUCUGUCGGUGCUCCCGGCCGUGCUCCAGUUCAUGGGAUUCCUCUUUCUGCCUGAGAGUCCUCGUUGGUUGAUCCAGCGUGGGCUGACCCAGAAGGCCCGGCGCGUGCUCAGUCAGAUCCGAGGCAACCAGAACAUCGAUGAGGAGUACGACAGCAUCAAGAACAGUAUCGAUGAGGAGGAGGACAGCGGAGGAGAAGGCUCUGUGAUUUGGAGGAUGCUGACUUACCCCCCUACUCGGCGAGCCCUCCUGGUAGGCUGCGGUCUCCAGAUGUUCCAGCAGCUGUCAGGAAUCAACACAGUCAUGUACUACAGCGCCACCAUUUUGCAGAUGUCAGGAGUGCGGGACGACAGGCUGGCAAUCUGGCUGGCCGGACUCACCACCCUCACCAACUUCCUGUUCACCCUGCUGGGAGUGUGGCUGGUGGAGAGAGUGGGCCGCAGGAAGCUCACCUUGGGCAGUAUCAUUGGGACGUGUUUGAGUUUGAGUCUGCUGGCCAUUGGUUUUCUAGUGACUGCCCAGCACAGCCCUCCUGUCACCUUACACCCAUUAGACCCAUUGAUGGCUAACUCUACCUGCUCAAAAUACCAGCUGUGCGAGCCGUGCAUGCUGGAUCCCGGGUGUGGUUUCUGCUACCGUGAGAAUGCCUCAGUGCUCCUCGCUUCCUCCUGUGUUCCAGUCAAUAAGGCCUCCACCGAGCGAGCAGCAUGGGGCGGGUGCUCCAACUCCAGCCUAAUUAAAGAUCAGACCUACUGGGCCUACAACUACUGUCCCACCUCCUACUCCUGGCUGGUCUUACUGGGUCUGGUCCUCUACAUAGCUGCCUUUGCUCCAGGGAUGGGCCCAAUGCCGUGGACCAUCAACUCAGAGAUCUACCCUCUGUGGGCGAGGAGCACAGGCAACGCCUGUGCAGCAGGAGUCAACUGGACCUUCAACAUCCUAGUGUCUCUCACCUUCCUACACCUGGCUCAGUACUUCACCUACUUUGGAGCUUUCUUUCUCUACUCCAGCCUGGCUUUGCUUGGUUUCUUCUUUAUCUACGGCUGCCUGCCGGAGACCAAAGGCCGCCGCCUUGAAGAGAUUGAAGCGCUGUUUGAAAACAGGCUUUGCUCCUGCGGCGCUACUGAUUCGGACGAGGCGAGGCAGGUGGAAUACAUCCGAGUCAAAGGAUCAAACUACCAUCUAUCGGACAACGACGCAUCUGACGUGGACUAACGGUAGAGCGGGAGUUUGGUUAGCCAGUGUGAUUACUUAAAACAAUGCGGAGUGUAAUGUAAUAUGUUCAUCUUUUUUCUCUAUGUAUGAACUGAUGAGCCACUGGGUGGUUAAUUUCCACAGUUGUAAAGGCCUUUUGCCCUGGGCAGGAGGUGAGUGUGUUCACGUCCUAUUCAGUCAAAUUGGUGACAAGUCAAUGAUGCAUUGGCCUGAACUAACGCCACAGCUGGAGUCCCACGUGGUUUUGUCAAGAGCUACAUUUCCCACAGUGCUCUUCAAAUAUCUAAAUAAAUUAAAACAGACUUAAACAUUGCCUUUUCCACUCAUCACAGGCAGAGUUUCUUUUUAGGAAGGCUAAGGCAAGGCUGUCGAACACACAGUUUAUGUACAAAAUACAAGGGACAUUCUUCCCUCAGGAAGUCCACCCACCCACUCAAAAAAGGCUGCAGAUUGGUAUCAGUAAGAUGUUCCUAAUACUUUGAACAGUUGUUGCCUAAAUAUGUAAUUUAUGAUUCAUAUACAAUCUUGUACGUACAAUAUAAAAAGUAAAACCCAGCCAUUGGGUCAGCAUACGUUUCCAUAGAGAACUUCAUUUAAAAAGCUACAGUAAAUGUGGUCUUGAAGCCACAAAACUUUUGUUUGUAUGACAUCAUUUGUCAUACAUUGUCGAUUCGUAGUACCAUAAUGCCUUUCUAUAUGAAACACAUCUCAGUUACAUGUUGUUGAAGCGUGUAGCACAGCGCACUAAUGUCACUUCUUUGUCCAAUGGCUGUGUAUUUUUAUGAAAAGCAAACACCAGAGAUGUAUAGUGUUUUGUUUAGAAAACUGGUGUUAGUUCAGUUGGUGCCUAAAUACCCCACCCUUCAAUAUAGUAGCACUGAAAGGAAUACACGUUAUCUUUAUUUGUUUAUUUAUUUAAAUAUUAUGUUGUGCCAAAGUAUCGCUCAAGAAUUCUUUGUUUUGUCACAUAAGUGUCUUGUCACUUCGACAAAACCCUUCAAUAUGACCCCAUGUUAUCAAUACGUAAUGUGCAGCUAAGACUGGAUUCAUAUUAAGUCUUGACUUGUAUUCUGAGUAUUUAUUUCUAUCCGUGACAUAAUAUUAGUGCCUGUAUAUUGUGAAGGUCCCUAAUGGCCCUUUUUCUAAGGUGGAUGUAUUACAUCAUGUUAUUAAGUAGGUCUACAUAGCUUUUUAAAAGUAUUUGUAUUACACCUUUGGUAGAUGUUAUUUUUUUUACUAUAAUUUAGUGUGUUUUUGUCUUCCUCCAUAGCCAUAUGUACAAAUAGCAGAGCAUGUAAUUUACGUGGUUCUCCUGUCAAACGUUGAGUUGGCUUUAGCGUGAUUUACUGAUGUUGUUUUGUCAAAACUGUAUGAGGUUUCACCUCGUUAGUGAGAUACACAUACAUUUCUGUGUUUGGGAGUAGACUACGGAGUAACUUUGUGUAUUUAAUCAAAACAGGUAAAUAAUGCAUAAUCAGGCUGCACUGUUACUGUAUCCAGUUACCUGGUACAGUUCCAGCAUUUUUAACACAAGGGUCCUUACCCUUUGAUAAGAUAAAAUACCUCUUUUUAAGAAUGAACUGUUCAAAUAUGAAGCUGUUCAUCAAAUGCCGUGGCACAAUGCAAUGAAAUUUUCAGUGACCCGUCAAAGUAGUUGGAAUGAAGUAGCGGAUUUUGAAUGUGAAGGUUUUGUUUUAUGUUGGAUUUUCACUUCAGCAAGUCUUUCGACCAGGCCAACUUGUUUUAUACUAGAAAGUAUCAUUACAGGUGAAAAAGACACAGAAAAUGCUCCAUAACAAUGAUUGUGUAAUUAUUCUUGUGUUGACCAAAAUAUUUAAUCUGAUUGUUUCAGCUGUUGACAUCCAGUUGUGUUAACGCUAUCCUCUAC